AUGGCCGCCGCCGCCACCACCAACGGCGCCCUUGCCAUGACCAACGCCACCGUUGCCACUGCCAACGGCGCCAGUACCGACGGCACUCCUGCCACCACACCGAAUGGCGCCUCCGCCACGGCCGCCUACGGCUCCCCCGCGUCCCACCAUGGCGCGAACGGUGCCGGCGACGGCGUUCCCGUGCCAGGCUCAGGCCGCGACCACGUCGUCAUCUUCCCCUUCAUGGUGAAGGGCCACAUGCUGCCGCUGCUCCACUUCGCGACGGCACUCUCGGCGCAACACGGGAGGAGCCGCUGCCUUCGUGUGACCCUGGUCACCACCCCAGGCAACGUGGCCUUCGCCCGGAGCCGUCUUCCCGUGUCGGUGGAUCUCGUCGCACUCCCGUUCCUGUCGUUCCCGCCGCUUCCCGCGGGCGUCGAGUCCACCGACGCGCUCCCGUGCCCGUCGCUGCACCUGACAUUCAUGCAUGCGACGGGGCUCCUGCGCGGGCCCUUCGCCGAGUUCCUGGCGGCGGAGGAGGUCCCCGAUGGGGUCACUAAGAGGGCCGACCCGGACAACCCGUUCACGCGCUUCUUCAUGGACGAGAUCGGUGACUCGGACGUGCGCAGCUGGGGCGUCCUCAGCAACAGCUUCGCCGCGCUCGACGAGGCCUAUGUGCCGUUCCUGGAGUCGUUCUACGAGGCGGGAGCCCGUGCCUGGCUUGUCGGCCCGCUGUUCCUGGCUGCCGCCGGCGACAUGCCGGACGGCGACAAGGAGCAAGACCCCGAGGGCUGUCUCUCGUGGCUCGACGAGAGGGCGGCGGCGCACCCGGGGUCGGUGGCCUACGUUUCGUUCGGGACGCAGGCCCACAUCACGGACGCGCAGCUGGACGAGCUGGUGCACGGGCUGCUGCAGUCCGGCCAUCCCUUCCUCUGGGCUGUCCGAUCUGACACAUGGUCGCCGCCGGUGGACGUGGGGCCCAACAGCCGGAUCGUCCGUGGAUGGGUCCCGCAAAGAAGCGUUCUGGCCCACAAGGCAGUUGGUGGGUUCAUGAGCCAUUGCGGGUGGAACUCGGUGAUGGAGAGCCUCGCCGCCGGGAAGCCCAUGCUGGCAUGGCCGAUGAUAGCGGAGCAGCACCUCAAUGCAAAGGCACGUGGCCAACAUCAUCGGCGUCGGCGUCAGGAUAGCCCUGAAGGCUGGCGCGGACGUCAUCGGAAGCGCGGAGGUCGAGGAGAAGGUUCGGGAGCUCAUGGACGCUGA